UACUUUAGACUGUUCCACACUUUAGUUGACCUAAAUAUGGCUGCGCCCAUGUGGGUUCUUCACGAGCACUAAAUCCUUUUGAGACUUGUGCCCAUGGUGGACGUGUCCAUUAUACUACCAGUUUACAAUGCAGAAAAGUGGUUAAAUGAGUCCCUGCAUUCCAUAAUAGACCAGAACUUUGAAGGAACCUUGGAGCUGUCAGUUUUUAAUGAUGGAAGCACUGACAGGAGUUAUGAAGUGUUAUCUCAAUGGAGAAGCAGGCUGGAGGCCAAAGGCAUCAAAGUAAUCCUUGGGGGACACAGUGAAACACAACCCAAAGGAGUUGGAGCCGCCAAGAAUCACGCUGUGAAACAAAGUGCAGGGACAUAUCUUUGCUUCUUUGAUGCAGAUGAUGUAAUGCUCAAGGAUAGAGUUCAGCAGCAAUACAAAGCAGCAUUAGCUCAUCCAAAAUCUUUAAUUGGAUGCCAAUUUUACAGAGAACCAGCAAAUUCCACUUCAAGGUACACAAAUUGGGCCAACUCUCUUUCUCAAGAUCAGCUGUUCCACCAGGCAUAUACCUCCCAUGGACCCACAGUCAUCAUGCCCACAUGGUUCUGUUCAAGAGCAAUGUUUGAAGAGAUCGGAGAGUUCAGUGAAGCAGGAAAGGGUACUCCAGAAGACCUCAUCUUCUUUUAUCGCCUACUUGAAAUGAAUCUUGGGCUGUAUCGUGUUGACCAGUGUCUACUGAUGUACAGAUAUCACCCAGAGGCUACCACUUUCUCAGUGCUAGAGGAGACCAUAUGGAACUUGAGAGUGUCUGCCUUGGAGGAUCAAGUAUUAUCUAAGUGGUCUGCCUUUACUAUCUGGAAUGCAGGAAAACAAGGCCGGAAACUCUACAGGUCUUUACAGCCACACAACCAAAAUAAGGUUCUAAUGCUGUGUGAUGUUGAUAAGAAGAAAACUGACAAAGGAGUCUACACUUAUGAAGAAUCCAAGUGCAUCCCAAAACCAAAGAUUCCAAUAGUUCAUUUUACUCGGGCAAAACCACCCUUUAUUAUAUGUGUUAAGCAGGACAUGACAGGAGGACAACUCGAGGAAAACUUGGCAUCACUUCAGUUGACAGAAGGAAAGGAUUAUAUUCACUUCAACUGACUUAACAUAUUUAAGUCCAGAGGCUGGUCUCAUGGACUUACUAAAUUUUUCAUAGACUAUGCAUGAAUAGGAAUGUAGACAGACCUCAUUUCAUGUAAAAAAAAAAAACAACAAAAAACAUUGAAUAUUAAGUGUAUCUGUUUUAUGGCAAAAGACAAUUUUGAGUAUAAUUUAUUGUAUGAGCAUUUUCUCAUUUGUAUUACAUACAAGAUUGAUUUUAUGAAUAAAUAUUUAUUAACAUA